AUGGCCUUGUUGGUCCUGGCCGCGCCCGCCCUUGCGGCGCGCGACCUCAAGCAGCUGAGCGGCGUCAUUGGCACCGUGAACGGCCUCGUGGGCACUGUGGGCACCACUGCCGGCGGCCUCCCCAUUGUCGGCGGCGUCGUCAGCCCUCUUGUUGGUGGCGUCGUCAGCCCUCUUGUCAGCGGCGUCGUCAGCCCUCUUGUCGGCUCCGUUGGCGGCACAUUGGGGGGUGUCCUCAACACCGUUGGCGGCGUGACCAACACCGCCACCGGCCUUGUUGGCGGCCUCCCCGUCGCCGGCCCCAUCGUCACCAACCUCCUCGGCCCCGGCACCAGCACCGGCACCGGGACCAACGCGGUCCCCCCCACCAUCCAGGCCCUUACCAACUCCAUCAUCGCCAGCAUUAACAACAUCGGCGUUCCCACCAGCGGGCUGACACUGAACGACGUGCGGGGCCUGCUCGGUGACACGACCGGCGGCCUGCUCGGCUGA